CGGAAGUGCAUCUUUUUAUUACCCGGGCCGAGAACCUCUCCGUCUGUUUAUAUUUUGGGUGGCUGGAAGUUUUGAGUUUUUCUUGGUUAACUGUUGUAGACGCAGUCCAGUCGCCUCAAAUUGAAAACCGCAACACGGUUAGGUUCUCAGUGAACGACGCACAAAGCAACAAAACUGGCCCCUCCACUGCCUGUCACCAUGCCCGCCCUGCUGGAGAGACCCAAGCUGUCCAACGCGAUGGCCAGAGCCCUCCACAAACACAUCAUGAGGGAGCGGGAGCGCAAGAGACAAGUUGCCCGUAGGGUGGUUCUGUCAGCACGCAGUGAGUCAGACAACCACGGAGCUGGAGGGGUCGGGCGAGCCUGCCGAGAGGUGAGAGGACACAGAGAGGCCAGGGAAGAGGACAAAGAGGAGAGGAGAGUGUCCGUGGCAGAGUCGGGAGGCAUGAGUGAGAGAGAGUCAGAGGAGGAGGAGGUGGACAAAAUGAUGGAGCAGAAGAUGAAGGAGGAGGAAGAGAGGAAGAGGACAAAAGAAAUAGAGGAGAGGAUGUCUUUGGAGGAAACUAAAGAACAGGUAAUGAAGAUGGGGGAGAAACUUCAGGGGCUCCAAGAAGAGAAACACCAGCUCUUCUUACAACUUAAGAAAGUACUUCAUGAAGAAGAAAAGAGGCGCAGAAAGGAGCAGAGGUAUGACAUCACAACAUUGACUUCAGCCAGCUACCAAUCCAGCCUUCCCAUGCAUGCAGGGCAGCACCUCCUCAGCAUUCAAGGCAAUCCAGUCAGCCACAGUCGACCUGGUGCGUUGCUUGGAGAACGUAGCAAACAGCUGUUCCCAGCUACUGUGAUUCCAGCACGUCACUAUCAGACAUCUGGGUUCAGCUCGGGCUCAGCAGAGCACGGGCAGUUCAGUGGCAGCCAGGGGGUCCAUGAGCCCUACGGGGUCGCUCAGGCCCAGCAUCCCUCUACCUACGCCCCUGGACCAUCUGUACCUGUCAGUUUCCCAAGCAGCUCUCAGAUCAGAGGUGCGUCUGCGUUUCAAGCCAUGCAGUACCUCCCCCAGCCUGGCUACCCCGUCCACAGUCAUUUCACCUCCCAGCCAGGAUACAUUCCUGGAGCAGGAAUACCCCUCCAGAAGCAGCUGGAACAUGCCAACCAACAGUCAGGCUUUACCGACGCAGGCGCCUUAAGGCCCAUGCAUCCACCAGCCAUGCAUCCUUCUGCUCCAGGACUGCUGCCCACACCAUCGAUGGCGGUCCCGAUUCCCACUGCAAAGUCCCCGUUCCAGAGCUCUCCCCAGAGUGCUCCUCGCCACGGCUUCCUCCCCCACAGCCAGAGUGGGCAGAGGUUCUACCACCAUGGCAAGUAACUCGCGGCCACCUUCACCGCGGCUGAGAUUUCACAGCUUCACUCAAGAUCCUAUAGAACCUUUCGGAUGAGGACGUGGCUCGACUUCUUCAGACAAAGUGAUUAGGCCGGAUUAUGCCAUAUGAUCUGUGUUUUUAUUUCCUGUAUAGCAUCUUGUUUUGACUUUGUCCUCAUGCUUAUGUGCUUUUGUAAACAGUCAACUUUGAUUUUUUACAUAACUUCAAAUGAUGUUAAUUUGUAAAAUAGAUUAUUAUUUUAUCUACACUGUAUAGUGAUUUUGGAGGUGCACACGUGCACUGAAAUGUUGAUAUCUUGUACAGAGCAAAGCUGCAUGAACCAGAGCUUAUUCUUUAUAAACUAAUAUUCUUAAUUUCAACAUCAUUGGAGGGUUCAGUGCCUCCGCAGAGAAAUAGCAAACAGAGUAGAGGACAAUAUCAGGGCUGCAACGUUUAAUAGAAUAAUCUGUUAAAUUAAUCACUAACUAUUUUGAUAAUCAUUUAAAAAAAGUCAUAAAAAAAUCUUAAUCUGGUUUCGUUACUCUUCUAUGACAGUAAAGUGAAUAUGUUUGGGUUGUGGACAAAACGAGACAUUUGAGAACGUCAUCUUGGGCUUUGGGAAACACUGAUCAACAUAUUUUACAAUUUUCUGACAUUUUAUAGACCAAACAACUAAUCGAUUAAUUGAGGAAAUAAUCGACAGAUUAAUCAACAAGCCAAAUAAUCGUUAGUUGCUGUCCUAGUAAAUAUUCAGCAACACUUAGUAGUAGAAUUUAGAGCAAGUGGAUUAAAUAAACAUGUCUCUGCUAAGGUCACACGCGCACACAUGUGAACACUACUGCAGCUGAAACACAUUGGCAUAACGGACUCUGUUUCAUUGUGCUGCUGACUUCUGGUUGAUCACAUUAGACCCAUUAGGGUUAGUCACCACAAAUUAAGACAAGAUGACAAUUUUUCUGACAAACUUCCAGUGUUGUGCGUUGUUCUCCUCUACAGCGUAAAUUAAGUUUAAGUCUCUGCUGUUUUAAAGCUUUCAUGUCGCUAAAUAAAACGAUAAGCAAACGCCA